ACGUGAUAUCACGAGAUUUUUACUGAAGUAACGCGAGAUGUCUGUCGUCACUUUUCGCGCGGAGUUUGUUGUCUGCGGAAAAGCCGUGUCCUCAAAGUGAACAAGUUGUGUUACUCAGCGAGUGUGGCUGAGAGUUUAUGUUUACCGCUUGCACAGAUGGAGCAGCUCUUUACUAGUCGGAGUUCUUUGUGAUGCGCUUUCUUGAGAACCUGUUGCAUCUUUCGACCAAAUAAAGCGAUGGAGUUGUCUCCCGUCUCCGCUGAGAGCAUCAGCAGAAACGAGAGCGUUAAACCUGACAGAAGUCAUAGGAAAAGCAAACUCUCAAGGGAUGUGGAAAUUGACAUUGAGUCCCUUUACAAAGCUGUUCCUCAGCUGGCUAAGGUUUUUCGCAUCAUAGACAAAAUUGGAGAAGGUACAUUCAGCUCAGUUUAUUUGGGUGAAGCUCAGAUGAGGGAUGGGAGGAAAGAGAUGUUUGCCCUAAAACACCUCAUUCCAACCAGCCAUCCUACUCGCAUUGCUGCAGAGCUUCAGUGUCUUACUGUGGUUGGGGGCAGAGAGAAUGUAAUGGGGGUCACAUACUGCUUCAGGAAGGAGGACCAUGUGGUGAUUGUCAUGCCGUACAUGGAACAUCAAGCAAUUGUGGACAUCAUUGGAUCAUUAAGCUUUGAAGAGGUUCGUCUAUACAUCUACCACCUGCUGAAGGCCCUGAGACACAUCCACCAGUUUGGUAUCAUUCACAGAGAUAUCAAACCAAACAAUUUCCUGUAUAAUAGGAACAGUAAAAUGUUUGCGUUGGUUGACUUUGGCCUGGCUCAGGGUACAGCAGACACCCAGGUUGAACUGUUGAAGGUGAUAAGACAGAAGUCCUCUCAUAAAGGUGGAGGGUCUACGGGGAAACAAGACACUACCCUGCGGAGCAAAGCACCAUCUAAACCUGCCACUAUCACAGCCUCCACCUCAGUCCCUCUGCCUCCACAGCGGCCACCUACUUCCUCCUCUCCUUCCUCAACCACAUCCAACUCAGCAUCGCGGAAAGCACUGGUUAAAAAAGCAUGUUCUGUCACCACCACUGUCAGCACCUCCAGCACAAAGUACACAAAGGAUUUGAUGGGACUUUGCAAAAUGACCAGGCCUGUGUUUGGGGAGAGGAGCCUGAACAGCUGCACUCCAGCGCCAUCCAUCACCAAACAGGCUGCCAUUAGGACAGAGUUAGUAAAACCAGCUAAAUCCCAGGACCCAGCUGCCCGAAGGUAUUCUUCAGCGCCUCGGACCUCCCUGCCUGCCAGGACUCAGAGCGGCAGUCAGAAACCUCAGAGGACAGUACAGCAGGGCCUCACUUGUAACUGCUACACAACUGACCGUGUCUGCAAUAUCUGCAUGUCCAGGAAGCAACAGGUGGCACCAAGGGCUGGAACUCCAGGCUUCAGAGCACCAGAGGUUCUCACGAAGUGUCCCAACCAAGGAACAGCCAUAGACGUCUGGUCAGCUGGUGUGAUCCUGCUCUCACUUCUCAGUGGUCGUUAUCCUUUCUUCAAAGCCAGUGAUGACCUGAUUGCGCUCUCUCAGAUCAUGACUAUACGGGGCUCCAGAGAGACCAUCCAGGCUGCCAAGGCCUUUGGUAAAAUGGUGGUAUGCAGUCGAGAGCUGCCUCGACAGGACCUCAGGACACUGUGUGAGACACUGAGAGGACGAAGACCAUCCCCAGAUGAUGAGGCCACACCAAUUCCCAAAACCGACAAAUGCGCCAUCACCAUUACUGGCUGUAAAAUCCAGGAUGAGACACCUACACACCAUCCACCUGAAGAAACUUUAAAGCAAUGCAAAGAUGGAGCAGAGGAAGCAAGUUUGUCUCUGACUAAAACUCUGCCAAAAUCUUCAGGGAACAAAAAAAACUCUAGUUGUUUGACUAAGCACAACUCUGAGACAAAGUGCGAGGAGGAAGAUGAGCGAGGCUGGGACGCCGUUCCUGAUGCUGCCUAUCACCUGCUGGACCGGCUGCUGGACCUUAACCCAGCCACCAGGAUUACAGCUGCCGAGGCCCUGAAGCACCCACUGUUUAGAGACUUAGAAGCUACAGAUGGUCACAGAACUCAGACUCUUUAACAGAGGAAGGUUUAUGUGCAUCUAUGGCACACCAUUCAGGUGUGAACGCUGCUGCCACCUUUAGUGUAUGAUAUGGAAAGACUUUUAUUCAUUAUUUAUACCUGAUUACUGUACAGGAUUGCUGUGCUCCACGUUUUCAAAUAAAAGGGUAAAACUAAA